AUGUCUGCCGCAGAGAAAAGCGCUGUCUCCCACCGAGCAGCGCAGAGGACAAUCGUCUUCUUCCACCCAGAUCUCGGAAUCGGUGGGGCUGAGAGACUGAUAGUCGAUGCUGCAGUUGGCUUGCAAGAGCAAGGAAACAGGGUCACCAUCUUCACUUCUCACUGUGAUCCCAGUCAUUGCUUCGAUGAAGCUAGAGAUGGCACCCUUGAUGUCAGAGUUCGCGGAAACACUCUCUUUCCUCCUACGUUCCUAAACCGCUUUCACAUUCUCCUCGCCAUCCUCCGCCAGAUGCAUCUCGUCUUCUCGAUUGCAGUCUGGAGCAACGAGCUGGACAGACUUGAACCCGAUGUGUUCGUGGUCGACCAGCUGUCGGCCUGCGUGCCCCUCCUGAGAUGGCUCUUUCCCGGCCGCCAGCGCACUCUAUUCUACUGCCAUUUUCCUGACCAACUGCUUGCGGACCGGCGGACAGUUGGAUUAUUAGGGCUCUUGAAAAAGGUCUACAGAUAUCCUUUCGACUGGUUUGAGGGGUGGAGCAUGAGUGCAAGUGACAGGGUCGUCGUCAACUCCAAGUUCACCAAAUCAGUUGCGUCGCGGGUCUGGCCCUCCCUCUCAGAGUCAUUAGGUGUCAUAUACCCGUGCGUCAACAUCCAAGAGACGAGCCUACAGGUCGAACCUGAAGACAAGCAAUUGUGGGAUGGGCGGUUCAAGAUCCUUCUCAGCAUAAACCGCUUUGAGCGGAAGAAAGAUGUUGGUUUGGCUAUACGGGCGUAUAACAGUCUCUCUGCUGAUGCCCGUACUGGAACCCGAUUGAUCAUAGCUGGUGGGUAUGAUCAGCGGGUCUCUGAGAACGUGGAGUACCACAAAGAGUUGGUGGCCAUCGCAAAAGGCUUCGGCCUGUCAGCUGCCACUGCCAAAACAGUGCCCACGGCGUUGGGUAUACCCGACGAUAUUCAAGUACUGUUUCUGUUAUCCGUACCUGGCCCAUUCAAGGAGAUCCUCCUCAACAAUGCCCGGUUGCUAUUAUACACUCCUUCCAACGAGCAUUUCGGUAUUGUACCAGUGGAAGCUAUGCAGCAUGGACUGCCCGUUCUUGCUUCGAAUACGGGUGGGCCCCUAGAAACCAUUGUCGAAGGUGAGACAGGCUGGCUACGAGACGUGACUAAGGUCGAGGAAUGGACUGCUGUGGUAGACAAAGUCUUGAACGGGCUGGGCUCAGCAGACCUUGAGCGUGUCGGUCACAAUGGGCGCAAAAGAGUCCACGACUACUUCACAAGAGUGAUUAUGGCAGAGAAACUCAGCAAUGAGAUGGAAGCCAUGCUCAGAAAUAAGCGCAGCCUCUUCCCCGAGAGAAAGGACAUCAUCUUCGGGCUUUCGCUUGUUGCUGCAUUUGCGGCAGCUUUGUUUGCAACCAUUGUGAAGGCGAAAGGUGGCCAAGGAGACAGAAGAGCUACUGAGUUCGCUCGGGCGAAGAGGAUGCAUAGAGACACUGAUGAAGGGCUGAAGAUGUUUCCUAAUCAUUACCAUAGGUAG